CAUGGCUGACACUGUCAUCCUCGGCAGUGGUGUCAUCGGCCUGUCGACGGCCUACUACCUGCUGCAGCACCAACCGGGCAGCACGAUCCAUCUCGUCGACUCGGCCAACGAGCUCUUCGCCUCGGCGUCGGGCUUCGCGGGCGGCUUCCUGGCCAAGGACUGGUUCCGCCCGGAGCUGACGCCGCUGGCGGAGCUGAGCUUCGAGGAGCACAGGAAGCUGGCCGAGCAGGAGAACGGCAGGGAGAACUGGGGCUACGCCAAGAGCGUGACGGUCAGCUACGAGCCCGACGGGCCGCUGCUGGGGGGCAAGAGGGGGGAGGACUGGCUGCUGGAGGGCACGAGCAGGGCCGGCGUCGUGGACACGCGGAGGGAGCACGAGGAUGGCGAGGUGCCGGAGUGGCUGAGGCGGACGGAGGGCGACUCGGUGAGGGUGAUUGAUGAUGGGAGCGGCACGGCGAUUGUGGAUCCCCUGAGAUUCUGCAAGUUUCUCCUGGAAAAGGUCAAGGCGGCGGGCGUGCAGAUUCACAACCCUGCGGUGGCGACGCGCAUAGAGACUGACGAAGGCGGGAAGCUCUCGGGCGUGGUCGUCAGCCACCCCGAGGGCUCGGACGAGACGGUGAUUCCGGCGUCCCGCGUGCUGCUGUCGGCGGGGUGCUGGACGCCGCACGUCUUCAACGACCUGUUCAAGAACCGGUACUACAUCGACAUCCCCAUCGAGAGCCUGGGCGGGCACUCGCUCGUCGUCAAGGCGCCCCAGGCGGUGACGACGUGCCACUCCGUGUACACGACCAUGGACGCGCUCUCGCCCGAGGUGUACUCGCGGCCGGACGGGGUGAUUUACGUCGCGGGCGUCAACCACGCGUCCAUCCCGCUGCCCAAGCCCCGCGUCAAGGCGGUGACGUUUGACGAGUCCGUCGCGAAGCUCAAGGACAUUGCGCGGCGGCUCAUCGCCACGCCCGACGGGCAGGACCUGGAGAUUGUGCGCGAGGGACUGUGCUUCAGGCCCAUCACCAAGAGGGGCACGCCGUACAUUGCGAGGCUGCCCGAGGACAAGCUGGGGGAGGACUUUAGCGGCGGCGGUGCGGACGGCAGUUCGGGGGGCGUCUUCAUCGCGGCGGGACAUGGCCCGUGGGGGAUCAGCUUGAGCUUGGGGACGGGCAAGGUUGUUGCGGAGAUGAUGUCUGGGAAGCCGCUGAGUGCGGACAUUUCGAGCCUGGGAUUUUGAAAGGGGG